AUGAGAAAGAGGUUGACGGACACAAGAGAAGAACGAUCUGCGGUACCGAUAAAAUCCUCCUGUGAGACUAAAGGAAAUAUUCGCAAUCCCGGGAUAUGGACAAGUUGGAAUGUUCAAUCAACACUCACCAACCGUAAGACCCACGCGCCUGUAGAUGUCUCAAUUACUUUACGCAAACCUCACCUUGUUCUAUGCGGUACCCCCUCUAGAAGCGGAAGGUCGUUACAAGGCCAAGCUGUAUAUCUUCUACCCUCUCGGAAGAAACAAGCGGCAUCCCAUGACCUGUACCUGAAUGUCACUGCUAGACUAGCAACAACGGGAUCUAAAUUCGCAGCUUCCGGAAACGAUGUCGGAGCCGACCUAUCUGCAGCCGUCUUGCAGAAAUUAGAGUGCGCGCUCCGAUUGUUCAACAUAGGGCAAAAGGCUCAUGAGAGGGGAGUGUGCUUAUCGCGGCUUAUCAUUGGUGCGCGGGGUAAUGUGGACAAUGCCAAUCAUCGCUGCUUGGUUGUGCCUCAGGGUAGCUCGGGAGGGAGAUCUGAGGGCUUAGAUUUGCGGUUUGGUGUCGUGGCGAAUUGUGAGAUCAGUGGUGGAAGGAGAAAUCAGGGUAACAUGCAAGAGAACUUCGUUUGGCCAUUGUUUGACACAUCAAAUAACCAGUGCUAA